UUUGUCCCAACACCGAUACGCUGCCAUGGACGUCCUCGAUACAUUACCUGACCGGAUGAGAUGCCGCUCACUCGAUGACACACUCUGUCCUACCUUGGACCUUUGACAAGCAUUUAUCUGGGUAAUUUCUUGAUGCCCCCUCCCAAUUCUUUGGGCAUGUCAAUUGGCCGAGUCACCGUCUUCCACUCGUCUUCCUGUUCUGUGGAAUGUUACUCAAUUCGACUCCCUCAUGAUCAUAUGACAGAUCCUCUCCGAUGGCACACAGUGGCAUCUUCGACUACAGCUCAGAGGGGUCCCCCGGGCCGCAGUCACACGCAUCAAUAUCAUCGUCGUACGAGUCUAGCGACUGGCAUGAGUACGAUCAGGACCAAGCACAAGCAAUUGCGUCGGCCUCGACGUUGACAUCGACCUUCAAGUGUAGUUGUGCGAGGAAAGCCUCCAGGCUCCUGAAGAAAAUCCCAAUGGACGGUGUCAUCUCGUUCGACGCCGUCAUGCAGCUUCACCACUGUGUUGUCGAACAGUGGAGGCAGACCACACGCUGUCGUCAUUGCAACAAUGGCAACACCAACAAUGGCAACGCCAACAAUGCAAACGUCACCUGUGCCUUGACCACAGCCUCCGAGAAGCUCAUUUCUCUCUUCGAGGCCACCACCCACGCCUACACAGCCACCGACUGCUUCACACAGACAUCGCCGGGUCGCUCCGGCAGCGCCCAUCUGUUCUCACCCACACUACCCAUCACCACUGUCACCUGUACCCGGACGCAGAUGACACUCGGAGGGUUUCUUCUGCAGGAUGACGAGGCCAAUAUUCUCGCCGCCCAGAUCAUUUACAAGAGUCUAGUGACACACCAUAGCCUGCUCCGAGACUUCCAAUCCACGCAAGCCCAGCAUGAUAGCGACCAGUCCUUCAUUGACGAUGGGGGAGGCCUACAGCAUAUCAUUGAUAGGUUGCUGAGACUUCUGGGUCGCAUACAAUGGGAACAGGACACCAUAGAACGCUGAGGUGUACGAACGGCGGCCGUCGUUGUCAGAUACUUCUCGGAUUUGUUCACCUUAGAAUGUGGAUUAUUACCUAUCCCGGAGGCCCACGAGCUUUUCUUUCGUUAAUUUCGUCAGACACCGUAUCCAACUUUAGCAAGACAAACAACGAAGCAAUGUACAUUAGGCAGCUUAUUCUAGUCAGCUCUUGGUUGCACAUAGCAAUCGCUUUGACAGUUUCUGAGAUUAGAUUCCGGUAGAUACACCCGCCUCUUUCAUUGAUUCGUCUUCUAACAAAUCGCCAUUUCCACUUUGAAUACUCUCAGAUCUCUGAUCUAGCCCGGAAUCUCAAGUUCAACGGCUGUUUCUCCCAGACGCUCCAAACGUGCUUGUCAAUGUA